AGUGCCGAACAACGCUUCUCCACCCACCCCCCCUAGCGCUGUCAUCCGCAGUGGUCCAAUCAGGGCUUAUGUGAUGGCGAGAGGGGCGGGUACCUGGACCGAAUCGCCAGGGAUAAUGGUGGAAGUGGUCGGCACGGGCGGAGUGCAGCGCCAAAGAUCAGUGACGAGGGGGAUCAAAGUAAAUACGGAAGAAAAUCGAGGCCAAAGGAUAUUAAUAGAAACCCAGCACGUCGACAGCUCCGGGAUUACGGUUGUACCUGAGAGGGCGCAAGAGUGGGAGGCCACUCAUACGGCUGGCCAGAAAGGCAAAAUGAGAAGUGUCCCCUUUCCCACCCAUGGUGAUGCGGUGCCCGGUGACGGAACCACGGCCCUGGUUCUGCGGUUCGAUUCAGGAACCGGGUCGAGUGGCAGGUCGCUUCUUGGGGUAGCUUGUCAAUCGUCGGGCGCUUAUGCGAUCCCGUCCGGGCUUUGGAACGGUCCAGGUCACGUUGUGUCUGGUUCGCUACCCCUGGUUGUAUCCGUAGUCCGAUCGCUCGGUGGGUUCGCCUGCACGAUGUUUCUGGAGGCAUGGAGGUAGACAAUACAUGACUUAGUUGCCGGUCCCUACAUAAUUGCAUCUAGAAAUGAAUGGGAUCGAGAGCAUGGUAGCUAUUUAUGGCUAUAGAUGGUGGAAGGGGAUGGUCGUUGCCUUGCUUAGGCACACGGUUCCGAGUUUCCUAUGCUGGGUAUCUUCUGCUGGAGCGACGCAAAGAGACUGACUGACUGGGGAGGGGAAAAGUACGAGCAUAACCUAAACCAUCCUGAGGUCGCAGUCUUCAACGUCCACAUCCAUGCAGAAAGGCACGGAUGAGAAUGCUUAUUGGAUGGCUGGAAUCCCAAACAACAACGUCG